AUCAACCGUUCCAGCUAGCAAAAUGAAAUUAAUUUUCCUUCUUGGCCUACUGCCUUUGGCAGUCCUGGCCAUGUCGACGGCCGAUCGUAAGCUUCCGGCGGUGCGAUAUGACAAUUUUAGGAUCUACAAGGUCUACAUAGAGAAUCAUUUACAAUUGGUGGAGUUCCAGAAAAUCGAAAAGCAUACCCAGCUUCAUAUCCUCAAUGAAAUUGCUGGUACUGGACGCAGUUACGAUGUUAUUGUUGGACCUCUGCUUCACCGGGUUUGGGAAAGGACUCUAGACUUUCUUUCGAUUGCCUACAAAGUGAUUGUUGACGAUUUGCAAAAACUUCUGGAUGAAUCCACUGUUGACAAGGACACGGAAUCCGCUAUGGAAUGGGAAUCCUAUCAUUCCCUUGAAGUGAUCUACGAUUGGCUGGAUCAAGAGUGUGCCGCCCACGAUUAUCUCGAGUGCAAAGUGAUCGGCAAAUCGUACGAGGGACGCAAUAUUAAAAGCAUAAAAUUGUCCAAACGGGAGGGCAACAAGGCCAUCUUAUUAGAAGGCAACAUCCAUGCUAUGGAAUGGAUCUCAUCGGCCACAGUGACCUACAUCCUGAACCAGUUGAUCAACUCCAAGGAUCCAGAGAUUCAGCGUUUGAGCGAGGAAUACGAUUGGAUUGUUGUACCAAUGGUUAAUCCCGAUGGUUUUGUCUACACCCACGAAGUGGAGCGCUUGUGGCGCAAGAACCGUCGCCCCAAUGGCCAUACUAACGUCACCGGCGAUUGCUAUGGCAUUGACAUGAAUCGCAAUUUCGAUUACCAUUGGGGUGGUGCUGGCUGGAACAUCGAUGAUCCCUGCGAUCAUUGGUUCGGUGGCGAAACUCCCAACACUGAAGUGGAGAUCCUUGCUCUGCAAGACUUUGUCAGCUCCUUUGCCGAUGGAUAUAUCCGCUCCUACAUGGCAUUCCAUGCCUACGGACAAUACGUUCUUCUGCCCUAUGGCCACAGCAACACCGAGUUCCCUCCCAACUAUGAUCAAAUGAUGCGCAUUGCUGCCGCCUUUGCCGAGGGAGCUGUGGAACCAUACGGUUCACCCUUCACCUAUGGUGCUAGUGGUCUCCUGAAUUAUGUGGUAUCUGGCGCUGCCAAGGAUUGGGCUUAUGGUGUAAAGAAUAUUCCAUUUACUUGCACCGUGGAGCUGCGCGACAAGGGCACUUUCGGUUUCUUCCUGCCCUCGAACCAAAUCACUGAAGUCGGUGUGGAGGUCACCGCCGGUCUGGUAGCUCUAGUCAACAAAGCUGCCGAUGAGGGCAUCUUCAGUUAAGCAUAGGAAGAUAUGAAAAUUGUGACAUUUAAAAUAAACUUAACAAUUUUCAAUGGAACAUUACCAA